UAAACAAUAAAGAAUUUAUCGGGAUCUUUUCAAAGUUAUCUUUUAGAUGGCUUGUCUGUUUGGUACCCUUUAUGUUCGUAAAAAAGGUACUGAAGAAGAGUAUGCACAUUUUCCAAUCACGAAAAGAUUAAAUACUUUUGGAAGGCAUUUGUCUUGUGAUGUCAGAUUAUAUGACGAAGUUAUUUCUCGUCAACAUGCUCGUCUUGAAAUUGAUGAUGAUGGAAAUGCGUUUUUAGAAAAUCUGAGUGUCAAUGGCACAUUUGUUAACAAUAACGAACUAGAUACUUCUGAAAAUAGAAAGUUUCGAUUAAAUACGGGUGAUAUUAUUAGUUUUUCUGGUCAUAAAUUUCGAUGGGAAUAUCCAACAAAUGAAAAAAAAGAGGAGCAAGUGGUAAUAAAUACUCCUGAAUUGAAAGUUUAUACUCCUAAUAAAUCAAUGAAACAGUCGCCUUUUCUUUUUGCAAAUGAUAAGGAUGUUUUUGAUACAUAUUUUAUGAAUAAAAAACCGUUGCACCCUAUUCUUAAGGAAAAUUUUGUUAAUGAACAUGUAUCCAUAAAAAUUGAAACACCAAAAAAUAAUAUACUAAAAUCCAAAAUGUUUGAUAUAGUUGAUUCUGGGUUAAAAAAUAAGGAAUCUCCUUUGGGGGAUGAUAAAAAUCUAAAGAUACCGACUUCAUCUAUACAAAAUUCUCCUGUAAAGCAAAUUAUUUCCAAUGAUAUAUUCGUUCUUGACUCUAAAGAUUCGCUUUCUGAAGAUAAGCCAGAUACUUCUUUACCUUUUUCUGAAAAGAAUAUUGAGAUUAUAAAAAAAGAGUGUGUUGAUCAUGAUAAUUUUAUAAAAAAUGAAGUAUUUAGUUCAGCCAAAAAAUCUAUUCUUGAUCAGGAUUUUCAAAUCUCGGAUUUUUCUCUAGCAUCUAAUAUUAAAUUAAAUGCUUCUCCUGCUGUUGACAAAUCUAUGGAUGAUUUAAUACUAAAUAGAUCUUUUGAAUUUGAAUCUCAAAGAUCUGAUCUGUCUCUAGAUUCUUCAUUAAUUGAAAAAAAAAAUAUUUUUUCUGAGAAAGAAAAUGAUACUAUGGAUCUAGGUAAUUCUUUGAAAAUAAAACAGACGGAAUCUGAGAGUGAUAAAGGGGUUUUACCACACCCAGUGAUUUCUUCGUCAAAAAUUAUUCCUGAGAAGAAAAUAAGCGUAUCUAGUACUUGCAAAAAUUUUUAUAAUUCUCAGGCUUUCAAAUUAGAAGAAAAUAUGAUUGUUAGUCCUCCAAAAGAGAAGUCUUUUAACAUUUUUCCAGACACUCAGCCUUCGCCACUGAAAUCUGGUUCACCCGUUUUGCAUUUAGUUAAAAAGUAUUAUAUUAAUACACGUGAUUUGCCCCGCCAAUUCAGAGAUUUUAAAACAAAAGGACAUGUCUACAAAAAGAGGCCAAGUUUUCCUCCUUUUGUGGCUUCUAAAGUUUUAAAUAAUCCAGCUCUUACAAAUUUACGGUCUAGGCAUUCAAUAUCUGACCCUUCUCUUCCAUUAUCUGCUUGUAUUAAUAAAGUGGAAUUUGUAAGUGAAAAGCAAGAAAAGAUUAAUCUACCAGCAACUCCAUUGGAAUUCUUGGAAAUUUUAAAUGAUUCAGAAAAAAAACUUUUAGGAUGGGCACCAUUAUUUUCUUCAAGCGACAAUUUUAAAGAGAAUAGUUAUGAACUAUUGGGUUCGAAAUAUGGCAUAUCUUCAAAAAAUAAUCUAAUUUGCGGUGCUGCUCUACUCAAUUCUGAUAAAAAAAAACGGCAUCAUGAAAAUAACCUAUGUACUAACAAUAAACUUGAUAUUAUAUGUCCAGAAUUUAAGACAUUUUCUCCCGGAAAAUGGGUAGCUACACAUCAUGGCAAAAAACAAAAGCUUUAUCAGUCGCCUAUUUCUUCAGUUACUAAAAAUAUCUUAAAAAACAAUUUAUCGAUAGCUAAUGUAAAUUGUUUAAAUCAGUGUUCUUCUGUAAAUACUUUAAAAGACAUUGAUAAAUUUUAUUCACCUGGAAAGUGGGUUCUUACUGCUCCUGGAAAAAAAAUGAGGUUGUAUUGUUCUCCAGAUAUUAGGACGAAAACUUCAAAUAAAUUAGUAUAUGAUUUUAAAUUAAAAUCUUUUAUAAAUCCUUCACAAGAAAAUGAUAUCUCUUUGGAGGAUGGUUCAGUCGAAUUUGAUUCUGGAGUUAAUGAUUUUUAUGAUUCUUAUAUUGAUUAUACUGAUAAAAACGAAAAUUUUUGCGUUACUGAUGUUUCUUAUGAUUCGGCAAUUGAGAAAAAGGUUCAAUUCAAUGAUUUUAUUUCAUUAAAUAGUCAAGAAGAAGAUUCACGUUGUCUAGAAAAAUUGCAUGUAGAUGCAAGUGAAUCAACUAAAAAUAGUACAGGUUUUUUAAAGAAUAUUAUAGAUAAGAGUCACAAAAGUCCUUUGGUGAAUAAUAUAGAUAAUGUGCAAGAAUUCUGUGUAAAUAAUAAAGAAGAUAUAAAUGAUUCUAAAAUUUCGUUUAUGGAUCAAAUUAUGGUGAAUUUUAAUACGGAAGUUAUGGAUGGAGAAUUGUUUAAUUUCGCUAAAUUAUCCAGUUCUACAAUUGGUUUAGAAUCGUUAACAGGAAAUAUUCAAGAAUCAAUAAGUAAUGAAAUUGGUUUUAAAUUUAAUGACAACUUUUCCGAAUUAUCGAAAUGUUCUGUUUUUAAAGAGGGACAUAUGGAAAUAAAUCAGUCGAUUCAGGAAGAUAUGCCAAAAUUUCAGUCAAUUGAUGAUGAAAAAUCUACAGAGAAUUGCGAUAAUCAAGAUGCAUUUAUGGUUGAGUAUUUUUCACCUGAUCAUACAAAAAUUAGUGAUACUACGAAUGAAAACAUUUGUUCAAUAAAAUCAGAUGAUAUCGGAAAUAAUAAUUUUACUGAUAUACAUGUUUGUAGUCAACAACCUGAGGCUACUGUUUUUAUGGAAUUAUCAAAUAAUUCAUUGGAUCUACAGAAUCGUUAUAUGGAUGUUAAUGAAGAUAAAGAUAAUGUUUGUUCUUUAACACCUGAAAAAGACUUAGGUGAUACUAAGAAAAGGGCAAGUUUUUUUGAAGAUAUUGAGACAAAAGAAAUGUUAAAUCAUUCUUUUUCCGAUAAAAUAUCAAGUAAAUUAGAUAGUGAUUUUUUAUCUAUUGAAAAAAAUAAUACAAGUUUCGAAAUGAUUGAAGUUUUGGAACCAGAUUCUACUAUUUCUCAAGUUGAUAAAUGUUUUCACUCUACUGAUAUAGAUUCAUCUUUUGCUAAGGUUAAAUGCGAUACAACUUAUGAAGGAAUAUCAGUUGAAUUGUCACAGGAGCAAUGUGUUGGAAGUAGUUCCAGUAAUUCAAUGAAAAGAUCCACUGGGUCGAGUGUUCGUGGAAAAUCUAAACAAGGUUUUAUUAUAGAGAAAUCUUCUAAAAAAACACAGGAAUCAAAACCGGUUCGCGCAUCAAGUAGAAUAAGAGAAAAGGCUAUUAAAGCUACUAAUGAUAAAUCUAAAUCUGAAAGUUCUGAGGCGAUGAUUUCUCAUGAAAAUGUGUAUCAUAAUAAGUGUAGAAUAACACGAAACUCUAGAAAAGCUAGUGUUGAAAAUAAUAAUAAUAAUAAUAUAAUUAGAUCAACUAGACAAAUGAAAUCAUCUGGUGGAACUAGUAGAAAGAAGUUAACUGACGAUUCUUUUAUUCCUAUUUCUAAAGAAAUAAAAAUAAGUUCUUCAAAAGAAUGCGCGAGAAUGGUCAGAAGUAGAAUUUUAAAUGAAAAAAUAGAACAAUCUAAGGCACAAUCCGAUUUUAAGGAUCAUACUAAUAUCAAGAAUUUACAGCAUCAAGUAAUCGGUUCUCGCAAAGAUGACACAAUUGCUGAUAAAGCAGUAACUAAAAUGCUCAUGAAACAGAAUAAGAAGAAUCCAAAGAAAAGGAGUGUAUCUCAAGCAAGUUCAAUUACUGAAAAACCUUCUAAACGCCGUAGUGUUUUGCCUAUAAAUGAUGAAAAUGCGAAACCUUCUGCAAAGAGAGCUUGUUUGAGAAAUAGAUCUAAAUAAUUGCUAAUAUUAAUCAAACUGAUAAUAUUCCUUUUUUUGAAUAUAU